AUGAGUACAGAGUCCAAAGAAGCGAUCUUCCGGUCGGCAGACAUGCUGCUGGUCCAGUUUUACAUAGCGUCGGAGAUCUCGCGAGACUGUGUUUCUGUGCUGGGCCAGCUGGGCAACGUCCAGUUCCGCGAUAUGAACCAGCAUGUGAACGCCUUCCAGAGGUCGUUUGUAAAGGAGAUCCGCCGCUUAGACAACACGCAGCGCCAAUUGAGGUAUCUGGACAGCGUGAUCAAGAAACAGCAGGUGCGCGUUCCCGUUGUUUCGUGGGAUCACCUCGUGGUGCCGUCAGGGAAGUAUGCGGCCGAUCCGUUCCGGGGGCCGUCCAAAUCGCAGAUCGACGACCUCAUGCAGGUGGUGGAGCAGUACGAGCAGAACAUCCGCCACAUGGACGAGAACUACGAGCGGCUGGUAAACAGCUCGGCCUCCUUGCUCGAGCACCGCCUUGUUUUACUGGGCACCAGAAGAUUCUUCGACAAUAGACUAAGUUUGGAGCUUGCCGACGACAGCUCGCCAUUGAGCCAUCUGCACGAGCCGGAGGACGAGACGGACCGGCUCUUGAACGACCGGCUUUUAGAGAACGGCCAGCACGGCCAGGCUGCCGAGCUGAACAUCAUGGGAUCCACGAUGAAUUUCAUAAGCGGAACGAUUGAGAGCGGCAAGUUUCUGACGCUCCAGCGCAUUCUGUGGCGUGUUUUGCGCGGCAACCUGUACAUUAACCACGUCCCUAUAGAGGAGCCGAUUCUGGAUCCCAAGACAAACCAACAUAAAGAAAAGUACAUUUUUCUCAUUUUCACGCAUGGAGAGACGCUAAUUUCCCGGUGCAAAAAGAUCGUGGAGUCGCUCGACGGAACCUUGUAUCCCGUUGACAGCGACUACGAGGUCUUCAAUUCGCAGAUGGACGAGAUCAACACGAAAAUCAGAGACCUGAAUGAGGUCACCGAGCACACUCAGGAACGGCUACUGUUGGAACUCAAGGAGGUGGCAGCAGAUAUCGAAAGAUGGAAGAUCGAGAUAGCCAAGGAGAAAAGCAUCUAUUCGGUCCUCAAUCUGUUCAACUAUGACCAGACAAGAAGAUGUCUGAUAGCCGAAGGAUGGAUUCCGGCAAACGACCUAGGACUCAUCAAAUCGUGUUUGCGCGAGGUCACCGAGACGUCCGGCACAGAUAUCAACUCUGUGGUCAACGUGAUCAACACUAAUAAGACGCCGCCGACAUUCCACCGGACGAACAAGUUCACAGAAGCGUUCCAAAGCAUUAUCGACGCGUACGGAAUUGCCACGUACCAGGAGGUGAACCCUGGGCUGGCAGCGGUGGUGACUUUCCCGUUCAUGUUUGCGAUCAUGUUUGGAGACGUCGGACACGGUAUUAUACUGUUUCUGGCAGCGCUGGUGCUGGUGUUGAACGAGCGAAAAAUAGGCGCAAUGAAGAACAGGGACGAGAUCUUCGACAUGGCCUACACGGGCCGCUACAUUUUGGUUCUGAUGGGUGUUUUCUCUAUUUACACGGGAUUCCUCUACAACGACGUCUUCUCGAAAUCAAUGACAAUCUUCAAAUCCGGCUGGAAGUGGCCAGACACCUGGAAGGAAGGCGACACCAUCACAGGUACCCAGCGGGGAGUAUAUCCGAUUGGGUUGGACCCGGCGUGGCAUGGAACAGAAAACAACCUGCUCUUCACCAACUCGUACAAGAUGAAGCUUUCCAUACUGAUGGGAUUCGCGCACAUGUCGUACUCGUUCUAUUUUUCGCUUGUGAACUACAAAUUUUUUAAUUCUAGGGUGGACGUGAUUGGAAACUUUGUGCCGGGCCUGUUGUUCAUGCAGAGCAUCUUUGGCUAUCUUUCGCUGACAAUCGUCUACAAAUGGUGUGUUGACUGGAUUAAAAUUGGCAAGGCUCCGCCCAGCCUGCUCAACAUGCUGAUCAACAUGUUUCUGUCGCCAGGGACUAUCGAAGACCAGCUGUAUCCGGGACAGGGUUUCGUUCAAGUUGUUCUUGUCCUGAUUGCUCUGGUGUGUGUUCCCUGGCUUCUCCUAUACAAGCCGCUCACACUGAAAAAGAUGAACGCACAGUCCGUGGAGCUGGGGUACACGGAUCUGCACGAGUACAACCAGGCUGUGCAGCUGGCAGCCAACGAAGAGGCGAGCCCCGCGCAGUCGCGUGACAACUCGCUGGGCGAAGACUUUUUCCUGGUCGACGACUCCGACGAGCCUGAGGAACAGUUUGAGUUUGGAGACGUGAUGAUCCACCAGGUGAUCCACACGAUCGAGUUCUGUCUGAACUGUGUCUCGCAUACGGCCUCGUAUCUCCGGCUCUGGGCCCUGUCGCUCGCGCACAACCAGCUUUCGGCCGUGUUGUGGGACAUGACCAUCUCCAACUCGUUUGUCUCAUACAAGGAAAAGGGCUUUGCGGGCUGCGUGAUGGUGUUCCUGCUCUUUGGCAUGUGGUUUGUGCUCACCGUCUGUAUCCUGGUGGUCAUGGAGGGGACGUCUGCCAUGCUCCACUCUCUGCGGCUGCAUUGGGUCGAGGCCAUGUCCAAGUUCUUUGAGGGCGAGGGCUAUGCAUACACUCCUUUCUCGUUCUACAAAAUUCUGACGGAGUCUGAAGCUGCGUAG